UUUUCAAAAUGACAGCUGCCUUCACGAAUCCCGUUGCCGACCUACAACAAUAUGAUCCAAGAUAUAAAGUGGAAGUCCUCCUGAAUGAGUCCAUGCUAACAAACUUUAAGAGAGGCAAUGCUGUGGACCCCACCAUUGAAGUAACAGCCCUGUGUGCCCAGUUGGACUUCCUCUGUCUAAAGGAGAUGGAACUUCAGGAUAGAAGAGGCACAACAAAUGAAAAGAAACCACUAUCAAGAACCCCGUCUGGACAAAUUUCAAAUGCAUUUGAAACAAAAGUCUCCAUCAUGUGGAAAGAAACCAUAUCAAAGGAAGAAACCCUGCGCCACCUGAACAACUUUUCCAUGCAAAUAAUUAUAGUAACAAAAUAA